UUUGCGUAUUUUGUUUCCCAUCUAUUUUCUCUACUUUGCCUUGGCAACGCUUAUUUUUUGGCAGAACAAAAAAGAACCCAAAAAGUUUUCAUCAGUUCACGGAGAUUUUCACUUUCUGGCAUAUUAAAUUUCCUUCGGCAAAUUGUGCUUUAUAGCUUCUCAAGGGCAAAAUUACAUUGAAAGCCUUAAAGUGAUAUCAGUUAAAUGAAAGCCAAGUUCAUCUCAAAGCAGGCGCAAAAAUAGCUGGAAGAGUGUGGAAGCAGUAAAUUGGCGACGAAAGUAAGUGUGGGAUAGCAGUCGCAAAGGACAGCUUAUAUCGGAUCAGCGCAGAAGGGGAAAAGGGUAGUAAAUUUGCCCAAUACCCUUGUGGGGGGCAAAAGGUGGAGGAGUGUAUAGCGACAGCAACAGCAACAGCAGUUGUCGCCAUCGAAGAAGUAGAAACGCGGAGCAGUGACAAAACUGCGUCCGAAAAUGCGAAAGUGAAGAAAAAGUGAAAUUCCGAAAUUGGAAUUAGUAGCAACGAAAGACAACGAGAAACGAAAAAAGAUCGUUGAAGGAUGAUAGCGUGAACGGGGGAGAAACAGUGUUAUAGAGUAGGAGUCAAAGAGAUAAUUGCAGAAAAUGCAAAAAAUCAUUGUGAAACGAAAGACGAAUGGAAAACCAUUGUUGAAGUUAAAAUUCGGCUACGCCAAUUAACACUUGCUUUUUAUUUAAAUGCAAAAAAGUUAACCGCGCGGCAAUCGCAAGCUACUACAAUAGGUAAACGGGGAAAACAAAAAAAAUACAUAAGAGCUGUCGUAUACUGUUGCGCGCUUACUUACUACAUCUGCCCUUGCCUCGCCUACGUCACAACAUUGUGUACGAUUCAACGUUAAUAAUUGUGCUUUCGUGCUUAAACGCAUUAUUUAUUGUAAAAUCUUCAUUGCAUUGCUUGAACAGCUCGAAUUAUUUGAUGAAAUUAUGUUGAAAUCGUCCUCUAAUGCACAGGAACUUCGGCUGUCCCGACCAGAGACCACAGUACCACCAUCAACAGUCUCAUCGGCAACCAGCGCUAUGGAUACAUUGAAAUCAUCUUUCCUACCAAACCUGGCCAUGGAUAGUGGAGUAAUUACAUCGGCUAGCUUUUGUCCGAUGUGUGGUCAACAAUUUGAAAGACCACAACACGCCCAAGAGCAUAUGCAGCUCUGCCACGGUAUAUCAGCUGGCAUGAUUGGUGGCGGAAGUGGCAUUGCCGGUAGUGGUGCAGGAGUAGGUGGCCUGUUACUGGGUGGUGUUCCGCAACCAAACGUACCAGUCUCGGAUCCCAUGAAAAUCGAAUAUCCAUGCUUGAGCUGUGAGGAGAAGUUUUGUUCAGCGCAAGAGCUUGACGAGCACCACCGUAUCGUACAUCAAACCACUGCAUUCUUGGCACGCUGUAUGGCAUGUGGUAUUUAUGGUAUUUCAUCAGUAACGUUGCACGAAGGGGACGAGUUCAAGUGCAUGCACUGUGGUUCGGUGUGCACCGCUUCAAAUAUGACUUCGGCUCAACAACCACCUUAUAUGGACCAGCCUGAACCUCCGCAAACGCCAGAGGAAAUGCCUUCUAUACCUCCUGAGGAAAUGAACACCAUACCACCAGAAGAAUUGACCUCUAGACAGAAUCAGCAGCAGCAAAGACAACAGCAGCAACAACAACAACAACAGCAACACCAACACCAGCAACAACAACAACAGCAACAGGCAGUGCAGUCGCAACAGCAACAGCGGCCACAGCAACAACCAGAUUUGCUUGAUCGGCAGCGCCAGCCGCAACCAGAUUUGCUUGACCAGCAACAGCAACAGCAACAGGCGCAACAGACGCAGUCGCAACCGCAGCAACAACAGUUACAGCAAAACCAACAGCAGCAGCAACAACAGUCAACUCCAUUAAAAGUACCGCCUUUGACAGUAAAAUUGAAUAAAGGCAGCAAUGGCAAUACCGAAGGCCACCCACAUGUGAUAAUCAAAGAAGAACCGCUCGGUAUUAGUGAUGGCAACGGUGAUAUUGAUCAGUCAUCAGUUCCCGUGUAUACAAUUCAGCAGCCGGUUGGAGCAACUAGUGUAGUAGUUAGCACGGCGGCAGCUACCGCUGGAGCCUUGGCUAAUGAGACCGGUACAGCAGCUGGCAGCGCCGCACCUACUACCACUCUUAAUAACAAAGUGCGCCACAAAUGCCCGGAAUGCCCGAAAAACUUCAAGACACCAGGCACAUUGGCGAUGCACCGCAAGAUACACACUGGCGAAGCAGACGUCACGCCCAAAGAACGUCCUUACACGUGCUCCUACUGCGGCAAGUCAUUCACCCAAUCGAACACCCUCAAACAGCACACGCGCAUUCAUACAGGUGAGAAACCCUUUAGAUGUGGAUAUUGUGGCAGGCAAUUCACUGUAAAGGACUACCUGAACAAACAUUUAACAACUCACACGGGUGAGAAGCCGUUCCACUGUGUCUACUGUGAAAAACGUUUCAGUGUCAAGGACUACCUCACCAAACAUAUACGCACACAUACUGGCGAAAAGCCGUAUACCUGCCCCUACUGUGACAAACGUUUUACACAGCGCAGCGCUCUAACGGUACAUACGACGAAGUUACAUCCACUAUAGGGAAGACCGAUUGGCAAAGGUAGCCGUGGCCGUUUGUUAACAUAGUUUUGGCUAAGUUAUGAGAAGAAGCCAAUGGCCGCGAUGGUGGCCAAAACCUUGGCGGAGGUGACGACGACGACAAUGGUGAUGACUGAAGCAACAGUUGUAACAAAAAAUACCACAACUGCAAAAAUCAAUUUAUCAAUUAAUCAACAACACCAACAACAGCAACAAACACAACAAUCAAUAGAAGGAACAACAAACAAAGAACUCGACUUUGUACUGCAUUCGAUCGGCUUGUCACAAGCUUUGCAGUAAGCCACGGCGGCAUUUGGGUCGAAAAUGAGAGCUCAAAAUAAACAACAUCAAAAUCAUUAAAUAUAAAUCGCACACAACUUAUUAAAAAAAAAAAAAUAGAACGAAUUUGAAAACCACUGCAAGAGAUUUUGAUAAUCUUAUAUUGUAGAAAACUGUAUGCAUAUUCAGUGGUAAUGCAAAAAAAAGACGCACAACAGAAUGUGGACAUUGCAACAACAAAACGAGCUGAAAUUAAGUGAUUGUGCUUAAUUAUAAUCAUGAAAAAUUGAAAUGAUGAACGAGAGCGAAAAAUACCAAAAUUACACAAAGCGAAAAUAAGUAAGGUAAUGUAAACAAGUAGAAAGAAAAGAAGAAAAACAAAAAUAUAAUCUAUUAGUGCUAAAGUUUAGUGAAAAUGUGGGAUUACCACCGUCUAUUGUACGAGUAGUUUAUUAAAGGCAAAGUUCAAAACAAUAUACAUACAUAUAUAUUUGAACAUUUUAAUGUUAAACUAACCUAUAUAAUUAUAAAUUAACGCUAAUGAUGUUUAAAAUUUCAGGUUUUAUUUUUUGUAACUUGUUUUUGUAAAGCGGAAGUUUUGUACAUAUCAUUUUAAUAUGCAAUAUGUGUUUUUCGAAUCCGAGCUGUGUUGAUAUGAACUUAAAUGGUAACUAUUUGAAUUUUGUAUUGCUUGCUUGUUAUUGUGUGAUUUAAAUUUUUUUCGUCAUUUCCUCACUCAUGUAUAAAUAACAUAAAAUAAUGAAAACGUUUUUUGAACAAAUUUAAAGUGUGAUUUUGUAAUGGUAAGACACAAAAAUUGAUUUUGUAAAUUUGUUUCCAUAAUUUUUCUCCUUUUGUGUUAAAAUGUAGUGUAGAAAAAAGAGUUUAAUCGAUAUUUUCAGUAAGACUAGAAUGUACAUUUCUUUCUCAUUUGCUUAUUUUUAAUUUCUGAAUUAAUUUAUUAGUUAUUUUUAGUUUUUGGAUAUGACUUCAUUUUUAAAGUGAACUCUUUUAUUCCAUUUAUUUUAUAAUUGCACUCUUUGAUAUUUCACGCACUUCCUUUUACAGUCUUGAAAUUUUUUAAGGUUUCCAUUUUUUUGUAAAAUCAAAUAGUACAUGUUUUUUUUAUUAAAUUUUUAGAUUAUUACACAUGUUUAUGCAAAUAAAUCAUAAAUAAAGGCAAGAAGUAAAGCAGCUUACUUUCAAUAUAUGUACGUUUUACAUACAUUCAUAUGCAUAUGUAUAUGUAUAAUGAACAAUAGCUAAACAAUUUUAUAUGAACCCAAAAUAUUUAUUUUUGCUACUAUUUUUCUAAAGUAAUGAACUAUAAUAAAUUUAUAAAACAUAAAGUUAACACUCUAUUACAGACAAACAAAGUUUUUUUUUAUAAUCUAAAUGCGCCGCUAUUUACCGAUAUGUUCUGUGGAACAAUUUCGCUAAAAAACAAAUACCUUUGAAGUCGAUAUUGAUUUGUUAAUGACAAGACUUACCGCGCUUUAGUAGAGAUUUUUGUAUCGCAAUAUUUUUUAUAAAUUGUAAAAAAAAUUUAUAAGUGAUAAUUGAUGCAUUAAAAUUCGUGACUAGAAGCUGAGCAAUCAUUUCAAAUAUUUUCGUUGCGUUGUAUACGAAUCUAAACGCAAAAACCUUUGAACUUCAUCAUUUUGGGAUAUUUGAGAACAAAGACAAGUUUGAGAAAACUGCAUUUACGGGGUUUUUUACGAAUCAGUAGCAGCUUAACACAACAGUCUUUAGCCUUUGUUUUUGUGUGGAGUGGUGGUGUUUAGUGUGGAGUGAAAGAAGAAACUACAAUAUUACUUCAAGAUAUCUUUAAAAUUUGCAUUAAAUUUAUUGAAAAUCCCCAAUCGCACCUUAAAAGCAACAAAAAAAUUUAUUUUGAGCUUGAUUUUCAUUAUAAUACACACCACAACCAACUAUUUGUCUGACAAACUUUUCAAAGCGCCAAAUUCUUUUUAAAGUCAACCAUUUUGUCCCUUUCCGAAUUUGUGUGUAUCUUCAAAAGUUUUAUGUUUAAAUUUCGUUUCUUAUUAUGUUCUCAUUUGAUCUAUAUAUUUCUAUUUAAUCUGGUAUCAUAACAGCUAGUGCGCAUAUACAUAUAUGUAAAAAUGCAUGUAUGCAAGUAAAGUGAGUUUUUUAUUGCAACAACAGAGCAGGAUCUCGGUUGGCUUUAAUUACUUAUCGAUUUCUUUUUUUGCUAUAUUCUCUGUUUCGUUUGUCUUGCAAUAAUUUUGCAUAGAUGUUAAUAUCCUUUACGUUUCUUAAUUUUUAACAUAAAACAUUGCAAUCAUUCAACUAUUAUUAUGUUGAACAUUAUUUGUAUACCUUUUUGAUAUUUGUUAUACCUUUCACGUUUCUUUCAUUUGCCGUAUUUAAUAAUGCAUAAUUGACUUUUUUAAUUUGACUUAUUUAUAAGUUUUGUUAAUAUAUUGUUUGUGAACAUAUAUUUUUGCAUUUUUAAGUUUAUAAGUGAGACAGAAAGCAAUGAAUUAACAAUAUAAAAUAAAAUAAUUGCAAUUGUAACAGCUUUAUACUAAAAAAAAAAUUAUAAAAAAAAAUAAAAUAAAAUAAACCACACCAUCAUCAGCAUACUAACAAUGUGCUUGCGUUUACUUGAACGCAAAGUGCAAUACAAGCAAAACAAAAAUAUAUUUGAAAAUAUUUGUAAAUUAGUUUGUAAGAGAAAUUUUAAAUGCAACAAAUCUAACAAGUCAAAAAACAGCAACAAAAUACCCUUAAAUUAUACUAAAUACCAUUGUUUAUGAUGGAAAAACGAUGAUAAGAUGAAGACACUACUAAUACACCACAGCAGCAGAAAGUAAAGUAAUGCUUAGCGAGUAAAAAUAAAUAAACAAAAUUCAAAUCAAAAAUAAAAUGAAAACACAAAAACAAAAGUAGAUUGUGAAAUUAUAUCCACAUUUUAUGUAAAUUUAUACACUCGCAGCACAAUGAAUGCAUAAGUUGAGAAACAUAAACUUAACUAACUUUAAUAUAAAUUUAAAAAAAGCAACAACACUACAAUAUUAUGUAAACUAGAAAACAAAAUAACAAAAAAAAAGAUUUUAAACUAACAAUAUUGUAAUAUCAAAAGAUUAUAUUACAUUUGUUAUAAAUAUUAUAAUAAGUACAGAAAAAUGAAAAUGAAAAUGUAGUAGGACAGUCUAAAAUUUGAAAAGAGUGAGUUAAACAAAUAACUACAUACAUAUAUGUAUUCUUGAGCCGAAAGUCUAAUGCAAAUGAAAUAUUAGUGAAAAGUAAACCACAAAAAAAAACACCAACUGCAGUUUAAGAAUAAAAUCAAUCGC